AUGGCCGGAUACUUGCCGCCCUUCCUUGCCCGCCUCGCCCGGCCGUUCACCCAGUCAACGCGGUUAUCCAUCGCGUCCGACUCGACUGCCUCGCACGCACCCGGUGCCAUCCCCGAGGGCGCCCAGCGCUGCACCAUCGCCGCCGGCUGCUUCUGGGGCACCGAGCACCUCUACCGGCGCCAUUUUGCCGGCAAAGGGCUCCUCGACGCCAAGGUCGGCUACAUCGGUGGCACCCUAGACGAUCCCUCCUACCGCGCCGUAUGCAGCGGUACCAGCGGCCAUGCCGAGGCGGCGCAAAUCAUCUUCGACCCGACCCAAGUCUCGUACCGCCAGCUUAUCGAAUUCUUCUACAAGUUCCACGAUCCCACCACCCUCAACCGGCAGGGACCGGACGCCGGGCCCCAGUACCGAUCCGCCAUCUACUACCAUGACGCCGACCAGGAAAAGAUUGCGCGUGAGGUCACGCAGCAGGCAAACGAGCAGUGGUGGCGCGGCGGUGUCGUCACCGAGAUUGCCCCCGCUGGCAAGUGGUAUACCGCUGAGGAGUAUCACCAGCUGUAUCUGGACCGGAACCCGUCGGGGUACGAGUGCCCUAGCCACUUCUUACGCCCGUUUCCGCCCCUGCAUUGA